AUGGCGAAAGCUCGUAGGCGCAACCUCCGCGCACCUGCUUCCGCCUCACCGUCACCCAUCACAACUCGGUCGCAACAGCAACAACGACGACGCCCCGCCACCUCUCGCGACGGAUCCGUCGACAUCGAUAAAGCCAUCGCAGCAGCCAAAAACCCUUUCGAUGGCGUCUAUCUCGAUUCGGAUGCAGAGGCUGAUGCCGUCGAACAACUCGAUCUGAAAUCCUUUAUUGACAUGACUUCGCAUUCUUCCAAUUUUGCUCCCCUCGUUUCUGCUGCUGCUGCUUCUGCUACUCAUCGUUCUCGCGAUACAUCUCGUUGCUGCGUUUCCACCGACCAUGCCUCCCCUCUUGCCGAAUACGCUUUGGAUCAACUCUCGCAGGAACAACAAUCGAGCGCAUCUUUGCCCGCACGCAAUGUCGUCAACUUCCUCCGCAACAAAUCCGGCAUCAAAACCCGCGUAGGCGCACUCAACGGUAAACGUGUCGAUUACUUUAAAGGCUCUGCCGCCGUCAAAGCUCUCCUUUCCCCCGUCUAUGCUAAACUCAAAGACGUCCCCAAAGUCGCCACAAAAGAGGAAGCAGAAGAGGCACUGCACAACAUUAUCCCCUAUGCCUUCUUCCUUCGUGUCGAUCGCGGGGCUUCCACCGGUGGUAAGGAUUCGCCGAAAGUGGUGGAGAUCAACCAGCAACAGAUGUUUAAGAGCGACCAGUACUACGUUUGGCUCUACGAGGGUUCUCAACUGGGCUUGAAAUUGGCAGGGUUGGGAAUGGUAGGUGUGAUGUUGGCCGGUGUAAUGUUCCCCUUGUGGCCACCGACAAUGAGGUUGGGGGUUUGGUAUUUGUCAGUGGCAGCGUUGGGAUUGAUUGGGUUCUUCUUUGUGAUUGCGAUCAUUAGGUUGAUCUUUUGGUUGAUUACCGUGGUGGUGGCGAAACCGGGUAUUUGGAUCUUCCCGAAUCUGUUUGAGGAUGUUGGGUUUGUUGACUCGUUCAUUCCGCUUUGGGCUUGGGAUGUGCCUCCGCCGCCGAAGAAGAAGUCCAAGUCUGACUCGUCAGGUGCAGCGGGUGCCGGGGAGAAGAAGAAAGCAUCAGCAUCAGCUGCAAGUGGAGUGCGGGCGAGGGCAAGACAACAAGUUUUGUCCGGAUUGGGUGGUGCAGGUCCUACUGCUCCUCCUAGCCCUCCUAAGGCUCCUCAACAGGCUGCACAGUCGACUCCGGCUAAAAACCACGCUGCUCAGAGCAAUGGAAGUAGCAGCAGUCAGGGAAUUGGUAGUAGUGGUCCUGGUGCCGGUCAUAGUUUGGAUGACAUCAACUAA